CUCCAUCGAUCGAUCGAAAUAUGGCUAUCAUUCCACUACUCAAAGGUCUUGUGUUUCUGUUGAGUUGCAUCACUGUGUUUGGUGAUCACGCUCCGAUCCACCGUCCAGUUGAAUCCCCAAAAUAUCCGAAGAGCCACCCUCACCACCACCACCACCACCACGAGGGGCACCCUCCGAGUCCACCCCCGGCUCACCCCCCGACUCAACACCACAAGGGUCACUCUCCGAGUCCACCACUGGCUCACCCCUCGAGUCGCCACAACGAGGGUCACCCUCCGAGUCCACCACCCGCUCACCCCCCGAGUCAUGCGCCUCAUCCGCGCCGCAGGAGUCCUGUGGCUGUUCAAGGAGUUGUUUAUUGCAAGCCAUGCAAGUACCGUGGGAUCGACACGCUUUGGGAAGCUACUCCACUUCUAGGUGCGGUUGUGAAGCUAGAAUGCAACAACACAAAGCAGCCGCGAGAAUGGUAUGGCAAAACGGACAAGAAUGGCUAUUUCUUGAUCACAGUGGAAAAGAAGCUGUCCUCAUUUGGUGCCCACAGUUGCAAGCUUUACUUGGUCUCCUCUCCCAGCCCAGCAUGCAAAAAACCAACUGAUCUUCUCCAUGGGGAAAAAGGUGCCCUCCUCAGGUGGCCACAGAAACCCUCCAAAUUCCCAUUUGAGCUCUUCACCGUUGGGCCAUUUGCCUUUGAACCCUACAACAAAUGCCUUUGAUGUUUUUUUGCUUUUGGUUAAUUUUAAGAGUACUGUGUUGCAUAUUUGCAUGUGGUGGGGUUUGAGUUAGUAUUUAUUUUGACUUGUUUUUAUUUGUUAUGAACUUAUGUUGGCCCCAUUCUGCAUAAAUUUUGGUAUUCGUAUUUUUU